UCGGAGAAAUCCCUCCGGAGCUCGCGCUUAGGUGGGGGAAGCGCAAGAACGGUUUACAGGUUUGCACCGUGCAGAAAGCGAUCCCGGGAAAGGGAAGCGGGGCAGGAGGGUCGUGUGAACGUGCCAACCCGGGUUCUGGGCGCGAUCGUUGCAACAACCCCCUCACUACCAUCAGAUCAGCACCGGGGUUGUUUGGAGACCCCCCCCCCGCCCUUCCCCGCAAAAAAAUCAGCCCUUAGGAAGGCGAGGGUCUCCCUCUUGCACCGUCCCCAUGUGGCUGCCCGCCCUGCUGGGUCCCUGGGCCGUGCUGCUGGCCCUGUCUGCCGGCCGCUGCCGGGGGCUCUCUUUCCACCUGCCCCCCUUGAGCCGCAAGUGCUUGAAAGAGGAGCUGCACCGGGAUGUGAUGGUCACCGGGGAGUACGAAGUAUCCGAAGCGGCCGCACCGGGUAUCCGGACGGACUUAAAGGUGACCGACUCGGCCGGACACCUGCUCUACUCCAGAGAGGAAGCCAAGAAGGGGAAAUUCGCUUUCACCACCGAGGAUUACGAAGUCUACGAGAUCUGCUUUCAGAGUCACGGGCAGCCAGGGAACUUUCGGCUGCCGGACCAACUGGUCACUCUCAAUGUUAAACAUGGCGUAGAAGCCAUGAAUUAUGAAAACGUCGCCAAAGCGGAGAAGCUGAAACCGUUGGAGAUCGACCUCCGUCGCCUGGAGGACCUUUCCGAGUCCAUCGUCAAGGAUUUCGCCUUCAUGAAGAAACGGGAAGAGGAGAUGCGCGAUACCAACGAAUCCACCAGCACUCGAGUUUUCUACUUUAGCAUUUUCUCCAUGCUGUGUCUGGUCAGCUUAGCAUCCUGGCAGGUGUUCUAUCUACGACGGUUUUUCAAGGCCAAAAAACUCAUCGAGUGAUGGAGACCCGAUCCAGGAUUCCUGGUCUCCUUACCUGAUUGUGCCAAGAUCUCGGGACAAACCACUUUUAUCUCUUCACUGGCCCUCCGAUCCCAAUGGGGUGGUGACACGGAAAUUGGACUGGAUAUCUUUCAGGCCACAGAUGGGUUUGAAAAACAGCCCAGCUUCUCUGUUUUGGGUGUGUUUCUUUUCUCUUGGACUCAUCUGAGUGAUUUUUCUCACCAUCUCUGCAUCUUUGGGGUGGGGUUGGAGGGCGGGCAUCCAAUCUGACUGUUACGCAGUUUGAGCACACUGGAUAAUACUCUAUUUGGAAGUAAUAAAUCUUGGUUCCUAGACUAGCGGCUGUUGGUGGGGAAAACUCCUUUGAAACUUGAAUUGGGAAGAAAAAAGUUUUCAAGGUCAGAAAUAUUAGAUUGAGGAGGAGAAAGAGGGCUAUUACUUAACCCAUGAUGUUGGUGAGUUCACUCAUCUCUCUAAGGGUAAGCCAUUGUUUCUCCAACUUUAAGAUCUGGGCUUCAAGUCCCAGAAUUCCCCGGUGAGCCAACUAGGCUGGCUGGGGAAUUCUGGGACUUGAAGUCCGGACGUCUUGAAGUUGCUAAGAUAAAUACUGCUCUUAAGCAGUAUUGGAUUUAAUUCUGGUUUAGGAUGACACAACCAAAUUAUGGCUUAUAAACCAUGGCUUGGUGGCUUUGUGAUUUAUGAUUGUGAACUCAGCCAGUUGUCACAAGUGGCUUACCAACAAGCCUUGGUUCCCAUCCUGUGUUUGAGAGAUCAAUCUAUGAUUUUUAUGCCAGGGUGUGUGUUUAUAUAAACGUGUGAAUAUGAGCUGUUGCAUUUGAAAAAUAAAAAGGGCUCACGGUCGUAGAGUCUAUUACCAACAA